AUGUACCGAGAUGAGAAACGAACGACAACAACAACAACUGACCAAAGAUCGAGGUAUUCACCGAGAAAACGCUCCCGUAUUCGUUUUCGACGUCAUUUAUCGGACGAUUCUUCACAAGAAUCAUUCUAUGAUUCUCUCAACACUAAGCAAAAUCCUAUGGUGCAACAAACAGACUCAUCGAAGAGAAAUAAAAACCGUCCUACACAAGAACAAACAUACGAAUUUAAUGAUGCUUUUAUUGGAGCACUGAAGUCUUACGCAGAAAUUAAAGCUAGACAUUCUACUACAUCAAAACAAACAACACCAAUCUCAACAAGACGACGAAAUUUGAAUGAUAUUAAUGAACGAAGGCAUACAAUUCACUCAAUUGGUCAAGAUCAACUAAACACUAUCCUGCAAAGUACAGAUAUGGAUCGACUGGUUAGUCAAAAUCCUCUUGCAUCACGCUUAGAUCACCAACAACAAGCUGGAGUUACUCAACGAAUUGUAAAUCAAAAUCCACUAAUAACAACUUCUAUUUCUCAUCAAGCACUGCAGCAUGAUCUCAUGUCACCACGAUCAUCAGAAACAAGUGAAGUUCUGGUUUAUCCCUCUUCAAUUAGUCUCAGGGGCCUACUGUCAUAUCAAGAUGUUUUGAGUGCAAUUGAACGUGAAUUUCAUUUGCAUGAAGGUCAAGAACGAGAGAUUAUUAUGAAAUUAUGGCUAAAAAUUCAAACAAUGGUUUCCUUGUUUCAUCGCUACCGUUAUUUAUUACAAGAUUUAAGUCUUGAUGAUAAAGACUUUCAAGGUGGACUGAAAAGUAUUCGUGAAAUGAUUUAUUUUGGAAAUCGUGAUGUGCAUUAUCUCCGAGAACAGACAGCAAGGUUAGAAGAACAAAAUAAAUUUCUUGAAGAAGAAUUUCGUCGGCAACUUCAAAAGAUACAUCAAGAUAAAAAUGAACAAAUAACACGUUUAAGACAGAUAAUUGAUAAAGCGUGUCCUCCACCAGACGAAUUUGGUGAUAAUGCAACCGAUUUAACUCAUUUAUCAGAGUUAAUGCAACGUUUCAUGCAGCAAAAUGUUGAAUUACAACGAGAAAUAGAAACAUUACGUGCAAAACUAGAAUACGCUUUUACACUAUUACAUGAAAAAUUAGAUAAUAAUUCAGCAACAUCGAAUUCUGUUUUACAAAUAGCUGUUGAGCAAUGUCGACAAACCGAACAUCAACUACAAGAAUUAAAAUUCAAAUCGUCAACGCAACAAGAAGAAAAUGAUCUAUUAAGAUAUUUGGCAGACAAAUCUCACAAUUCUGUGGAUGUAUCUCAAUUAUUCACCAUUAUUGAACAGCGAUCACUUGAAAGAGAAACUACUCGUGUUAAGCACGAAUUAGAUGUCACCGAAAAGAAAAUAGCAGAGUUGGAAAGGCGGUUUGAAAACGCCGAUGAUAACGUCCAGUUUUCAAUAGAACGGCUUAAAUUAAAAUGUGACGUCCUACGUUCACAUAUUGCUUCGUGUAAUAAACGAUUAAGUGAAGUUGUAUCGAGACGACUAACUCAAGGAAACAGUAAUGAUUUAGAACAAAUAUUUGAACAAAAUGAAAAUCUAAGAAGUUCAAAUACUACGGACAUGUUAGCAUUACAAACAGAAUUGGAAAGAUUGCGUGCACAAAAUGAACGUUUAACAAAUGAACUUGUUAAUUCAAAACGUUCAACACAAUUAGAAAAUGAGCUAUUAUCAUUACGCGAGCGUUACAAUGAAAUUGCAGAAUAUUCUAAUUUUGAAUUAAAUAAAAUGAAAAAAUUAUUGCAAGAAGAAAAAGAGGCACGUAUUCUAGCAGAAAGACAAAUGUUUGAAACAAAUUCAAAUGAACCCCGUAUUAAUUUGGAUAUGUUAGAAAAUGAAAGACGAAGAUCGGCUCAAUUAGAACAUGAAUUAAUAACAUUAAAAAUGAAAUAUGAUGAUGUUUGUGAACGUAUUACAGGAGCUACAUUACAAUUAGAACGUGUACAAGUAGUUCUCGAUCAAACAUUAAAACGUUGUGAUCAAUUAGAAAAAGAAAAGUCUGAAAUCAAUGCUCAUUCUGAAGUUUUAUCAAAAAAUGUUGUCAAUGUUACUGCAAAAUAUAAGGAUAAAAUGAGUACAAUCAAAACACAACAAACUGAUCGUGAAAGACGUGAAGCUCAAAUACGUACAGAACAAUUACAAAAUGAAAUUGAACGUCUUAAAGAUGCAUUAACUCAUAAACAAGAAAUUAUAUUUGAAAAAGAUAGAAUAAUUCAAGAUACACAAUUUAAAAAUAAAGAAGUUCAAUUAGAGAGACAAACAGUUGAAGAGAGAAUAUCAAACGAAUAUAAACGUCUUAGUGAAUUAUCAGAAAAAAAUCGUGUACUUGAAGACGAAUUAGAAAGAAUAAAACGAAGUCAAAUUUUGGAAAAUAUUACUGUAAGACGAACGGAUGUGAUUAAUGUUGAUACGGUCGGUGGUGGUAGUAAUGUUGACAAUCAGCGUUUGGACGACUUAAAAACAAAAGUGAACUCAUCUUUAUCCGUAAAUGAUCUUGAAAGACGAUUUGUAGCCGAAAAAUCAACAAAAGAAUCUUUACAAGUACAAAUUAAACUAUUAGAAGAUGAGAACGCCGAUUUGCGUGAAAUAAUGUUACAAAUGCGCAAACGUGCACAAGAUGGACGAAGAGAUGAACGUGAUCGAUGUGAUGAGAUAAAUCAAUUAAUUGCUCGUGCUGAAUUUAACGCUCGCCAAUAUAUGACAAAUUUCAAUAUGUCAACUCCACCAUCGCACACUAUAACAGCUCCGUUAUUGCCUUUAUCAACGCCUUUGAUGCCGGUUUCACCAAAAUUAACAUAG